CUGCGUGACGCCACCCCUUCUCCUCCUCAACGUCUCCGCUGCUAGCACAGUUAGCAUUAGCACGCUAACGUCCAGCAGCAGCUGUCGGUGGCAGUCAGUCAGCCCAUAGUGGUGGUGCAUUUGUAAAUCCUCUCCUCCUUCUUUCCUCCAUUAAAACAUUUUUUUUUUGAAAAAAAAAAAAAAAAAGCGGACGGCCGGGUUGUUUGUUCCCUCGGGGACCCAGCUGCUUUACAUCUACGGGCUACCUGCGGUAGAACUGAACAUUGUCGUCCUCGCCGUCACGAAAAGGAAGAAGCUCUGGGACAUGGCCAGACCUGAACAAGUCCUGGUGCUAGAGCCACAACACGAACUGAAAUUCAGAGGCCCAUUUACAGAUGUUGUCACUGCCACUCUGAAGCUCACCAACCCCACAGAUAGAAAUGUGUGUUUCAAAGUUAAGACAACCGCACCACGCAGAUAUUGCGUGCGCCCAAACAGUGGCAUCAUUGACGCCGGAACCUCCGUCAAUGUAUCUGUUAUGCUACAACCUUUUGACUACGACCCCAAUGAAAAGAGUAAACACAAAUUCAUGGUGCAGUCCAUGCUGGCUCCGUACGACAUGACUGACAUGGAAGGAGUUUGGAAGGAAGCGAAGCCUGAAGAGCUGAUGGAUUCAAAGUUGAGAUGUGCUUUUGAGAUGCCUCUAGAAAAUGACAAAACUCAAGAGAGCGAAAGCAACAAAACUGUGUCUUCCUCUACCUCUGUUAAGACCGAGCACUCCGCAAUGCCCAAGUCGGCCAGCGCCUCGCUGGACGACGGAGAGGUGAAGAAGAUCAUGGAGGAGUGCAAGCGGCUGCAGAUGGAGGUGCAGAGGCUACGGGAAGAAAACAAACAGAUCAGGGAGGACGACGGCCUGCGGAAGAGAAAGGUGACAUCAGAGGGCGCCUCCCACUCCUCCGCCAGCAUGGCGACCACGGCCAUGAGAGACGAAGGCCUGAGCACCCGCGUCCUGGCGCUGUGCGUCCUCUUCUUUGUGAUCGGAGUCAUCGUUGGCAAGCUGGUCCUGUAGAGACACAGACGGACAGAGCACAGAGACGGACGGACGGACUGCGUGCUCGGGAGGACACGUGUCAAUGACGGCAACGGGGAUGUCUUCUGGGUUUAUGUUGAUCUGUUUCCUCUAUUUUUUUUUUUUUUUCCUGUAACAUUUAAGGCAAUAUCUCGAUGGUUUGGUUGGAGGGGGAAAUAAUUUAAAGUAUAAAAAGAAAACGAAGGAAGGCAGUCCCAAGUUAAACCAUGAUGGCGAGCGUUUACGUCGCUGGUCCUGCCUUUUAUCAUCAUUAUUAUUCUUAUUAUUAUUAUUAUUAUGUGAAAUAAUCACCACCUCUGAUCUGUUCUUUCCGUCCAUCUUCCUAAACGAUCUUCCCCAACUUGCACAGGUAACAGUUAGCGGUGAGUGGAAGAAGUGGCUUCAAACUGGCUGAAUGUCUUUCAUUGAUUCCUUAUUGCUUCUUAAAGUUCCACACUCAUGUCGUCUAUAAGAAAGCUCCUCAUCCCAUAAUCUGUCUUUCACUCAUUACCGAAUAAACGCGAGGACGAGCUGAGCGCACGUGAUCAGUGAAAGACACAAACUUGAUGUAUUGUCUUCUGAGCAGUUUGCGGUUAAAACAAGAGCCAGUAGAAGCUGUGUGUGUGUGUGUGUGUGUGUGUGUGUGUUGUGUCUUGUUGAUUUUCUUUCUUUCUUUUUCUUUUUCUUUUUUUUUUUUUUUUUUGGUGCCUCCUGCAGGAGCGACUGACUGCGUGUGGAUGUUUUUAUGUGAGGAGACCACAAACGGUGAUAUCACAGGCUGUUUUAGAACAAAAAAGGAAGAGGGCUGGUUUAAAAAAAAAAAAAAGAAAAACUGUCGUCCCAACAGAUUUCCUGUACACGAGAGAAAGAAGAAAAAAAAAUAAUAAUAAAAUAAAAUGGGGGUGUUUUGUUGAAAAUCUAGUUAGAACUUUUGAUGAUUUCUGUCAGAUGUCCGAACCAAAGGAGGCUGCAGAAAUUCAAUAAAUCCACUUUUUGGGCCAUUUGUAGAAUUAUGACGCUUUAAAAAUGAAUGAUCAUGAAUUAAUGCUGCACAGUGGUUUAAUUAGUCGACCAGUUUAAUUCUCAAAAUAAUUCAACCUUCAGAUUUAGAGAAAACAUUUUCUCAACUAAAAGGAAAAUGACCCAGUUUCCAUCUUGUGUCAUGUUACUAUAUAACAAUAAUGUUGGCCACAUCUUUUAAUUUUCCCAAGGAAUAUUAUUAUUAUCAUUAUUAUUAUUAUUAUUAUUAUUUGUGUCCUCUAGUGUAUUACAGCAGCUGUUUGCUCUUUUUUCUUGUAUUACCAUGUAGUCACAAUGCUUCUGUUUAUAAUAAUCAAAUGCACUAUAUUCAGUUGUGCACUCUGCAUGAAAUGGCCGGGAUUUAUUAUAUUUUAUUUUUGAGUGUUGGAAAUUAUAUUAGCUAAAACAAACAAACAAAAAAAAAAUUGUCUUUUCAAAAGGGACCAUCUUGAGUCUGGUUUUAUUGGUUUAUGUGUGUUUUUUUGUUUUUUCUUUUUCUUUCCAUCACCAUUUCUCUUCUGUUGGGGCUCUGGUGGUUUUGAGAUAACACAGCUGUAUUAUCCUGGCUAUCACAUGACCGUCGCGUCAAAUUUAAAAGAAUAAAUAUCUGCGCUUCUAUUAUUAUUAUUAUUAUUUUUUUUUUUUUAUUUAAUUUAAUUUUUUUUCUUCUGUUGCCCUGGGGGGAGCAGAGAUGUGUGGAUGUGGGCAGCUGUGAAGAGGACUGACCUGUGAAUACACACUACAUUCAAGAAAAAUAAAUUAAACAAAACAAAACAAAAAAAAAAAGGCAUCAGCGCUUCAGACCACACCUGCAGAGAUACAGUCACAACAAUGUAACCACACAGUAAUUGGAUACUCUUUUUGUAUGUACAUAAAAAUAAAAAAAAUUACUUCAAAAGAUAACUGGCAAAGUUAUUAACAUAUUGUUGUAAAGGAAAAAUUAAACAACCACCAUGGAUCAUGUAGCAUCAUAAUGGAUUAAAAUACAUAAACCCCCAAA